GUACUAUUGUGUUUUGCGGGACGUUUAACCAUGGGGUUAACGCUACAUCUCAGUUUGUGUUUAUUAGUGAUCGCAACUACCCUUGCAGAUGACCCUAGGGAUGAUGAUCCUCAGUCCGUAACCAUAGAAGCAGAAGAUCCGUCAGAAGAUCACAACAGAGACGGCAGGCAAUUCGUGGUAAGAAGCCCAACUCUGCCUGUUUACAAUCCAUUUCUCGUACCCCAAAUAUGGAACAAUGUAAAUGUCAACAACCGGCAAGCAACAACAGGUCCCUGCUUCACCAGCAAGGGUGUCUUGGGAAAAUGUACCUCCUUCAGACAGUGCUACCCUUAUUUCAAAAUGCCGGAAGUGAGCAACUUCGACAAUUGGGUUCUGGGAAUGUACGAUACUUGUAGCUACUUUACUUCUCAAGGGCGACAGAUGUUCGGGGUUUGUUGCGCAACAUCUCCAAAGCCAACUAGUCCUGCUGACUCGGCCUCUACAGAGGAGCCAACAGUAGAGCAAGCAGAAGGCCAAAACGAGCUGUCGAAAAAACCUUAUUACCCUAGCUGGCCCCCACCACUUCCAACCCACCCUCCAGACCACACAAUACCCCCACUACCCACUCAUCCACCUUCCCCAGGGUUCCCCACUCAAUCACCCGGUGUUUGGCCACCAACCAUUAAACCCAUAACAACUAAACCUCCCAAAAAACCCGCAACUACCAAGCCCUCUUAUAAACCGCCGAGUGCUAAACCGCCUACAGUCGCCAUACCUGUAACUGGUGGUUCUUGUGGUGCCAAAAACGGAUAUCAGGACCAGGAAAGGAUUGUUGGAGGUCAUAACGCCGAUGUUAACGAAUGGCCUUGGAUUGCUGCGUUGUUCAAUGGAGGAAGGCAGUUUUGUGGAGGUUCUUUGAUUGACAAUAUCCAUAUUUUGUCAGCUGCUCACUGCGUUGCUCAUAUGAGCUCAUGGGAUGUCGCUAGACUGACUGUAAAGUUGGGAGACCACAACAUCAGAACGAACUCUGAAAUAAACCACGUUGAAAAAAGAGUGAAAAGAGUCGUUCGGCAUAGAGGAUUCGACUCAAGGACACUGUACAACGACAUCGCCAUUCUGACAUUGGAUAGUCCUGUGGACUUCACACAACAAAUUAGGCCUGUUUGUUUACCCAAUGGCGGCAACGAUCACUCUGGAAAGACAGCAACGGUGAUUGGUUGGGGAAGUUUGAGAGAGAGUGGUCCUCAACCCGCUAUUUUGCAAGAAGUCAACAUACCUAUUUGGAGCAACAGGGAUUGCAAGCUGAAGUACGGACCUGCAGCUCCAGGGGGUAUUGUGGAACAUAUGCUGUGUGCUGGACAAGCCAACAGAGACUCUUGUAGUGGUGACAGUGGCGGUCCUCUGAUGGUUAACAACGGCAAAUGGACUCAAGUGGGUAUUGUAUCCUGGGGUAUAGGUUGCGGCAAAGGACAGUAUCCUGGAGUGUACACCAGGGUUGAAAAAUUCCUACCCUGGAUCUACAAGAAUCUUAAAUAAUAGCCUUAUCGAAGUUACUUUUAGGAACGUGCGGAUAUAAAUUUGCCCUAUGUGAAACAUACUUCUGCCAUACUAAAUUGUAAACGAUUUUAAGUAAUUAUUUAUUAUUCGGUACUGUAAUUUAAUAAAUUAUUUUUUAUAUUUCCAA